AUGCUGCUGCUCAAGAAACAGACGGAGGACAUCAGCAGUGUCUAUGAGAUCCGGGAGAAGCUGGGCUCGGGUGCCUUUUCUGAGGUGAUGCUGGCCCAGGAAAGGGGCUCUGCUCAUCUUGUGGCUCUCAAGUGCAUCCCCAAGAAAGCACUUCGUGGCAAGGAGGCUCUGGUGGAGAAUGAGAUCGCGGUACUCCGCAGGAUCAGCCACCCCAACAUUGUGGCUCUGGAAGAUGUUCAUGAAAGCCCUUCUCACCUCUACUUGGCCAUGGAGCUGGUGACAGGUGGUGAACUGUUCGAUCGCAUCAUGGACUGGGGCUCCUACACAGAGAAGGAUGCCAGUCACCUUGUAGGGCAGGUCCUUGGUGCUGUCUCCUAUCUUCAUAGCCUGGGCAUUGUGCACCGGGACCUUAAGCCUGAAAACCUCCUCUAUGCCACACCCUUUGAGGACUCCAAGAUCAUGGUCUCUGACUUUGGCCUGUCGAAAAUACAAGCUGGCAACAUGCUAGGCACAGCCUGUGGGACCCCAGGAUAUGUGGGUAAGAGGGAAGUACUCUAAGGCUCACUGUGGUGGGGAGGGACUUGGUGAUCCUGGGGNCUGGGUGUCAUCUCCUACAUCCUGCUGUGUGGGUACCCCCCCUUCUACGAUGAGAGCGACCCUGAACUCUUCAGCCAGAUUCUGAGGGCCAGCUACGAAUUUGAUUCUCCCUUUUGGGAUGACAUCUCAGAAUCAGCCAAAGAUUUCAUCAGGCACCUGCUGGAGCGUGAUCCCCAGAAGAGAUUCACCUGUCAACAGGCCUUACAGCAUCUUUGGAUAUCUGGGGAUGCAGCCUUGGACAAGGACAUCCUGGGUUCUGUCAGUGAGCAGAUCCAGAAGAAUUUUGCCCGGACUCACUGGAAGAGAGCAUUCAACGCCACAUCGUUUUUACGCCACAUCCGUAAGCUGGGGCAGAGCCCAGAGGGUGAGGAGGCCUCCCGGCAGGGUAUGACCCGUCACAGUCACCCAGUCCUUGGGACUAGCCAGUCCCCUCAGUGGUGACAACAAGGAGGAUGCCAAAGAAGACCAAGUGGACUGACUUCCUGCUUUUCUUUUCUCCAGCCCUUUUGGUCUCCUUUCCUGCCCGUUGUACCCCAGCCUGGCCUCUGCUGGAAAGUUUGAGACUGUGGGUGUGCUGCAUGGCUCUGGGGUAGGGGGCUUCCCCAGUGUAUCCCCCAGCCCCUACCCUCACCUAUAGUGGAGGCUCCCCUUCCCAUGUUGCUGUCACACUCUAUAGAAACUGAGGUAUUUGCAAGUGGAUUUGGGGGCCAUCCUUCCUGCACCUUGCACGCACACAUGCAUCACAUGGCUGUUCUGUGCUUUGCUGACUGUGGGUGGU